UUAAUAUAAAUAAUGCAUUUUAAUUUAAUCAUUUCAGAUCAAAAUGUAUCUUGCAAUUGCUAUAAAACUCAGCAUUAUCUGCAUCAUCCAAGCAGCUGCUCAAGGUGAUACCCAAGUUUGUAGUGGCUGUUGUACUGCUCCUGCAGGGAUUCCUGGAAUUCCAGGCAGCCAUGGUAAUCCUGGUGGUCCUGGUCCAACAGGCAUGAAAGGAGAUGUUGGGGAAAAAGGAGAGAAGGGAAACCAGGGAUCAGAUGGAAGAGAUGGGCUUCCAGGUAAAAUAGGACCAAUCGGUUUACCGGGUGCUACUGGUGAGAAAGGAGGAAAAGGAGAGAAAGGUGAACAAGCUACCACAAUCAGCCAGCCCAAAUCUGCCUUCUCAGUUGCAUAUAAUGUAAACCCAGACCGCCUACCAGUUAGUCCUAUGAAAUACCCGUUAAUAAUUACCAACUUUGGGAAUGACUACAAUAAAGAAACAGGAAAGUUUGUCUGUCAACAUCCAGGCAUCUAUGUCUUCCAGUUUACAUCAGGCUCAUCAAGUGGUAAUGAUAAUAUUUUGACAAGCAUCAAAAAGAAUGGGCAACGCAUUCUCUCCUCAUGGGAGAGUGGUUCAGGCUACAAAUCAGCCAGCAACAUGGUAGUUCUUGAUUUAGUAGCAAAUGAUGAAGUGUGGACUGAGCCUUACAGUACCAGCCAUAACUAUUACUACAGUAGUAGCUACAUCUACUGUUCUUUUUCAGGCUUCCUGCUUUAUGCAUCUGCAUAAGGAAAUUUUGAAAACCUAAUAAUUACAAAUUCCAAAUCAGCAAAUAGAAUAUGACAAUCUUUUUUAAUGACUUUUUAUCAUUAGUAAAUAACAUAGUAUUAGAAAAAAAGUUGGCAAUGCUCACUCAAUGCUGCAUUGAAUGUCAGCAGUAAUUACAAAAAUUCAAUUCAAUUCAAUAUUUAUUUGCUCCAAAAGCUUAUCCGCCAUACAAGAAACAUGCUUUUAGUGGCUUUAUAUGGCCUCCUAUACACACUACAAUAUUUUCUAUAUUAUAUGAUAGUGAAUACAGGCAUAUUUGUAGUAAAUAGCUUAGAUAAUAAUGCUACAAUUAUAGUCCAAGGCACAGCAAGCAUUCUUAGCCUACGAUGUAACAUCAUACAGUUGUUAGUUCAUGAUACUUGAUUAAUAAUAAAAUACAAUCUGAUCAUUUUACUAGAACUAGCUAAUGUUUUUGGAAUUCUCUAUUAUUA